GGUGAAGGCUGUAAAAACAGUACCUAUAUCAGUUGAAUUUGAAUGAUUGGUAAUUACCGUUGGGUUUAACAAUGGAAGAAGAAUUAACUUCACAAAUUCGCAUAGAACGUCCUCUGUAUGAACAUGAUCAACUAAGGCAAGAUUUUUAUUACGAGAAACCUAAAAAGUCAUUUUUAAAAAACCAAUGCAAAAGAGAAGAACUGAAUAUAAAAAAUGUAAUACUUCGCACAAUUCCAAUUAUGCAAUGGAUGCCUCAUUAUCGGUGGAAAACUAGUUUUUUAUCAGAUGUAAUAUCUGGAUUUACUGUUGCAGUAAUGCAUAUUCCUCAAGGAAUGGCAUAUGCUCUUUUAGGAAAUGUUCCGCCUGUAGUUGGGAUUUACAUGGCUUUUUUCCCAGUUUUAGUUUACUUGUUCUUUGGUACAUCAAGACAUAAUUCAAUGGGUACAUUUGCAGUAGCCUGUUUAAUGACGGGAAAGGCAGUAUUGGAAUAUAGUGAUCCAUAUUAUUUCCAGACUGAAAGUAAUUCCAAUAUUACCGUGGAUUCAAUUACUGAAGUUACUAUUAUUAAGUACAGUCCUAUUGAAGUUGCCACUGCAGUCACUAUAACAGUUGCUAUUUUUCAGUUGGCGAUGUAUAUAUUACAAUUAGGAGCUGUAAGUGCUUUACUUUCAGAAACUUUAGUAAGCGGAUUUACUACAGGGGCGGCAAUCCAUGUCUUAUCGUCUCAAAUUAAAGACCUUCUAGGGCUAAAAAUACCUAGAUUUAAGGGUUAUUUUACAGUUUUUUAUACUUUAAAAGCAGUGACCUCAGAAAUUUCUAAUUUCAAUUUUGCUGCUCUUACAAUUUCAGCGAUUACUAUCAUUGUUACAACUCUUAAUAAUGAGUUACUAAAGCCUAUAGUAGCAAAGAAAUCGUCAUUUCCAGUGCCUAUAGAACUGAUUGCUGUAAUUUUGGGAACACUUAUUUCAAGAUAUUGUCAAUUGCCAGAAUUGUACAAUAUUACAACUGUUGGAGAAAUACCACAAGGAUUGCCUUCACCAACUAUUCCGCCGAUUUCAUUGAUACCCACUGUACUAUUAGAUGGAUUUACCAUUGCUAUAGUAACUUUUACAAUUACUUUAUCGAUGGCCUUCAUUUUUGCUCAAAAACUGAAUUAUGAAGUAGACGCAAACCAAGAACUUUUUGCCAUGGGCACUGGAAAUAUAGUUGGCUCCUUUUUUUCGUGUAUGCCUGUCUGUGCAUCUCUGUCGAGAUCUCUUAUUCAACAAGUUGUUGGCGGUAAAACUCAAAUUGCAUCUCUCAUUUCUUGUGGUAUACUAGUUAUCAUACUUUUAUGGAUUGGACCAUUUUUUGAACCACUGCCAAAAAGCGUAUUGGCUGGUGUAAUAGUAGUCGCACUAAAGGGCAUGCUCUUACAAAUUACAGCAAUUUGGAAAUUUUGGAAACUAAGUAGAAUGGAUGCUGCUGUUUGGCUAGUUACAUUUCUUGCAGUUGUUUUUGUCAAUAUAGAUAUUGGAUUGUUAAUUGGAAUAGUAAUGUCCUUGAUUUCUAUUUUUAUAUUGGGAUUUAGACCGUAUACCUGCCUUUUAGGAGCAGUUCCAAAGACUGAUCUCUAUCUAGACAUUAACAGGUAUAAAGGGACCAAACAAAUAGACGGAAUCAAAAUAUUUCAUUACUGUGGAGGUAUAAAUUUUGCUACUAGAAAUAUAUUCAAGAAAGAUAUAAUGUGCUUGGUUGAAAUCAAUCCGCAGAAAGAAAUAAUUUAUCGUUCAAAACUUGCAGAAUAUAUAAAUAGGGAUGAAGAUGUAGAUGGAAAAUCUAAAGCAAAUAAAGAAAAAAUUUUAAAAUUGCAAAAGAAAAUAAAUACGCAUUUGAGAUGUCUAAUUAUGGAUUUCUCUUCAGUCAGUUAUAUAGAUCCAUCUGGUGUAUCCAUGCUAAAGAAUGUUAUUGAGAGUUUUCAGAAAUUAGAUAUUCCUGUGUACAUUGCGGCGUGUUCAGAUCCAGUGUACAAUAUGAUGAAGAAGUGUAAUUUAAUUUGUAUAACAAAUCCGUCUCUUCGUUUGUUUCCUACCAUUCAGGAUGCAGUUCAGUGCUCUUCCGAUCUCUUUAAGUUCAGCUUAAAUUCAAAUAUUUCGUCGAUUAGAGUGUAGAAUAAGUGUACAGGGUGUUUUUUAAUGACAUGCUCCAUAUAACAAUUAAGAUAUAACAGGAAACUGUUAAUUUUUUGGUGGAACACUGUAUAUUAUUUAAAAUAAACCUUUUUUACUAUUACGGUUAUUGAUAUAAAAUUUGACGGGUCCAUCUGCAAUAAGAGAUGUGUAUCCAAAAGAGCAUACCAUGUGCCCAGUGUUAAACACGUUAUGCUCACUUUUUAACUGUCUUACUAUUGGAAAUAAGCCCACGAACUUUAUAUCACUAUAAUUAUAAUAAAAAUUUCCUUUAAAAUAAUUAAAAUAUGUUUAAAUGUUUUGUUAACAAAAAUUAAG